UUGUUCCCUUCCUUAUAUGUGGGAGAAACUGUUUUUGGAUUGUAUGCAGUGUCUUCAUAUGUUGAUGAACAUACUAUUACAUUCGCACCGAAGUACCUCGGCCCGCCGUUGCUCGAGGGCCCAAGUCCUAUCGCCCUCUCGGAUGAUGAUAAGCUUAAAUUCGUGCCUCCCAGGAGACCAAUUGUCAAUUCACCAACUAUCACUUACAAGACUACAGAUGGGGAAUAUCUGAUUUUGGGUUAUCAUGAGAUUCCUCCUAUGCACAUGGGAGCUCUCAUACCAGCACGCUUCCCGGAAAUCCAUACUGUUCAUAGCUUGCCAUAUAAGCCUGAAAUACCAUCUACUAAUACGCCUAAACCUCAUACAACAUCUUCUGAGCUUUUCUCAGCUUAUAUUACCAAUCAUGUUAUUUUAUCUCUAGUCAUGCUUGUAUUAGUUCUAGUCAUCAGUAUAGUUUGGAUAUGUUGGAAACAGAGUACAAAUGUUACUUACAUUGUUCCUGCUGAAGCUCGCAGUGCUCAGACCUCCAGAGUUUCGAAUGCAUCAAGCGUUAACCAAGUGACUUUCAAGCCUUUCCCUGAUCUCCCUGAAGGCUGGCUCAAUGUGGGAAAAGUAAUUUAUAAUCCCACUGAUGUUCUGGGAAGAGGAUGUGAAGGAACUGUAGUUUACAGAGGGAAGUUCGAUGGUCGAGAAGUUGCAGUAAAACGAGUAGUUUCUGAGUUUGUACGAUUGGUUGAUCGUGAGGCUGAUUUACUUCGAGAGAGUGAUACCCAUCAGCAUGUGAUUCGUUAUUUCUGCAUGGAGUCUGACAGUCAGUUCCGCUAUUUAGCCCUAGAGUUGUGUGUUGCUUCACUCUAUGAUUUCGUAGAACAGAAAAAAGUUCGCGAAAAAAUAAAAAUACAGACAGUGGAGCUGUUACGGCAAGCAACUGAUGGCCUCACUCAUCUGCACUCCGCUAACAUUGUUCAUCGUGAUAUCAAGCCACAGAACAUCUUAAUUAGUGUUAAUAAAAGUGGACAAGCUAGGAUUGUUAUAUCUGACUUCGGGCUUUGCAAGCGAAUUCAAAUUGGUCGUCACUCAUUAUCACAGAGAAGUGGAAUGGCUGGUACAGAUGGCUGGAUAGCUCCUGAAGCUCUGUUUUCCGAAAGCACAGGUCAACCUGUGGACGUGUUCUCUCUAGGUUGUAUUUUCUAUUACGUUCUAUCAAAUGGAAAACAUCCAUUCGGUGAUAGUCUCCAUCGGCAAGCUAACAUUCUAAAUGGAGAAUAUAACUUGACUAACUUGAAAGAAGGCGGGAAUGCUGCAAUGUGCUUGAUCGAAACAAUGCUUAGACGUGAUCCGAAGGAAAGACCAAAGACAUCAUCCAUACUUUAUCAUCCGUUUUUCUGGUCUGCUGAUCGACGUUUACAAUUCUUUGGAGAUGUGUCCGAUCGAGUAGAGAAAGAAGAUGAGUGUAGCCCAAUCGUAAGAAGACUCGAAGGAAACGCCAAGUUAGUUGUAGCUGGAGGAUGGAAAAAUCUUAUCUGUGAACAUCUAUCAGAAGAUUUACGAAAGUUCAGAACUUACAAAAGCCACUCGGUGAGGGAUUUACUCCGUGCCAUGCGAAAUAAAAAACAUCAUUAUCGAGAAUUACCUGACAACGUGCAAAAGUCUUUGGGCCACAUACCCAAUGAGUUUUUGGUUUACUUUACAUCACGUUUCCCUCUGUUACUAAUGCAUUCCUACGAGUCACUUGAGUGGUGUGCGAAUGAGCCAAUCUUCAGAGGAUAUUACUCAAAUGAGGUGAGAGAACGUAUGAAAGAUAUCGUCGAGGUGGAAGAAGCCAUACGGAAAGAAAAUGAGGAGAAUGUGAAUGGGAAAUGGAUUCGUGGGAAGGUUACCAGUCCAAAGAACCCUGGAGGACCACAUAAUAAGGCAAAACAAUUGUUGUGA